AUGGGGAUCAUCCAUUUUCAUCUCCUUUUGGUUUUGAUCUCUGUCUUAGGCACAGAUGCUGCAGUUUUAACAUUAGAAAACAGAUGCAAGGACGCAGUAUGGCCUGGGAUCCUGGCUGGAUCAGGGAAACCUCUACUCAACAAUGGAUGGAUUGCUUUGAAACCAGGAGAAAGAAUUGACAUCAAUGCACCACCUGGGUGGUCUGGCCGAUUGUGGGGACGUACUGGUUGCCAAUUUGAUCCAUCAGGCAAGGGAAAGUGCAUAACUGGUGACUGUGGUGGCGUGCUAAACUGCGAAGGGGCAGGAGGUGAACCACCAGUAUCACUAGCUGAGUUUACCCUUGAUAGUCCAAUGGAUUUUUAUGAUGUUAGUCUUGUUGAUGGCUACAAUUUGCCGAUGACUAUAAUCCCUUCUGGUGGUACUGGUGAUAAAUGCAAGGAGGUUACAUGUGUUUCGGACUUGAACGAGAAGUGCCCCAAAGAUCUACAAAUGGUAGACAAUGGGAAAGUUGUGGGAUGUAAAAGUGCAUGCGUGGCGUUCAAUAAGCCUGAAUAUUGUUGCAGUGGAGAAUUUGGAACACCUGAAAAAUGCCCACCAACUGAGUUCUCCAAAAUCUUCAAGGAAUCUUGUCCAAUGUCUUAUAGUUACGCCUAUGAUGAUUUGACUAGUACCUUCACUUGCAAAGGAGCUAAUUACGUGAUACGUUUUUGUUGAAGCUUACAUCAAGACAGUAAAAAUUAGUCUGACG